AUGCCCUCGAAGCGUCCUCGAAAACCCCUCUUCUACAUCCACCUUGUUACCCAUCGGAAAAAACCAACCUCAAAACCUAAGUCAAAGCAUAGUUGCCCACCAGCGUACAACACCUACAUUUGUGAGCCCAGCACCUCACACUCUCACUCCCACUAUCACCAAGCAAAAACGCCUUACCCCAACACCAUGAGCUCCAUAACCCCACCCUCCUUCAUCGACGACGCCAUCUCGCUAACCAACCGCCUACCCCGAGGCCUCAGCACACACCAGGUAGCGCAGUGGCUCUCGCAGCACGGACCCGACACGUCGGCGUACACGGGCAGCUUCAUCGACGACGACGCAGACAGCGUGUUACGCGACAGUGGUGUACCAUCCAGCCACGCGCGCGACAGACGAAAAGAGAAGAAGAAGCAUGGCAAAGAGCAAGUGUGGAACGAGCAUGUGCGGAAAGCGGUGAGCGGAGAUGUGCAGCGGCAUGUAGACAAGAUACGGGGGCUGCGUGGGUGUGUGCAGAUUCAGAAGGUCGGGGGUGGUGGCGUGGGGGAAAGCGAGAAGAAGAAAGAGAAGGUGGCCGUGCCUUUGCCGCGGGAGUGGGGGACGUUUAUCAUCAGGGAGAAAGACGGGCGGGUUGUGGUUGUGGAUGAAGAGGGGGAGUUUGAUUCUGGAGCACAACAGCAGCAGCCAAGGGGGGCUUGGAUUAGAGCUGAGUCUACGGUUCAGGCGUCUGAUGCUGAGUCUGUGAGAGGGGAUGCGGAGCAGCUGAGACUGGAGCAGCAGAUGGGUUCAAGCCGGUCUGAGGGGAGUGCUCGGACGGCGAGACGGAGGCAUAAGGAAUUUGGGUGGAAUAGCAGUCAGGGCUCGCCAAAGAAGGUACUUGCGUCUAUCCCGGAACUUGAAUGCGAGAGUGGAUGUCUGUCUUCUGGAAGCGAGACCACCAAGUCACCGAGCGACUUCAUGAUGAGCGGUGCGAAUGCAUGGCCAUCACACACUCGGCCUUCAGCUGUGCCUACAGUUGACUCAGCAAGCGAGAGCUGGGACUAUAGGAGCUCAAAAUCGGUAGCCGAGAUGGUGAAAAAGGGGUAUAGGCACGUCAAGCCAGUAUCUCGGGACAGGAAACGCGCUGGAGACGCGUGGAAAGUGGGUGGUCCGGAUCAUUGGUACCAGAGUAAUGGGUCGACCUCCUCAAGCAAGAGCAAAAAGUCGACCAAGAGUUGCUCGACAUACAAGGCACCAGCCGUAGAAGACGCAUCCAGUACAUCGUCGGGAGGUAAUGGCAGGAACUUGCCUCACCCAUAUACUUGGGCAACCAGUACAUCCAACAGUUCAGGCAACUGGAGUCGCAGAUCAACGGCCAUAAACAAUCCUGCAUGGGCUAGUAUCCAAGCUCAUUCCUCACAGCAAAACUUCUUAAACAAUACACCUACGACACGCUUGUCGAGCGAAGUAACAUGGGACGGGUUCGAGCGUGACAAGACACUAAGUGACGUCAGCAUUGCAGGUUCCAGCAGCACACACGGAUGUGCUAGUAAUAAGAGCAUGCAAAGCAAUCAUCAUGACACAGGUCGGCGAAGCACGUCUCGCGAGCAAAGACGCGCUGAAAAUCAGCAUGGCUGGGAGGCGCACGGAAGUAGCGGAAGAGGCACUGUCAGAUACGCGAAUGGCUUCGAUGAGGACAACGCGACGUAUCUAAAUGCGAAUUGGGGCGGGACACCGGUACGCGUGACUAAGUACUAG